AUGAAUGGGAUAGGAUCAUCUAAAGUUAUUAAUAAUACUGCACAAUUAGCUGCACAAUUUAAUGAUUUUUAUUUGGAAAUUACUUCACCGAAAAUAAGUCAAAUUGGCAAUUAUAAAAUCAUCAAAGAAAUUGGAGAAGGAGCAUUUGGUAAAGCAUAUUUGGCAACUCAUAUACUACUAAAUAUUAAUGUUGUAUUAAAAUGUGGAUUAAUCGAUGAUCCUAAUAUUGUUCGAGAGAUAUAUUAUCAUAAACAAUUGAAACAUAAGAAUAUAGUUAGUCUAUAUGAAGUUAUCAAAACCGAAAAUCAUUUAUGGAUUGCAUUAGAAUAUUGCCAAGGUGGUGAAUUGUAUUAUUACAUAUAUGAGAAAAAGAGAUUAGAAUUAGAUGAAUGUCGAAAUAUAUUUUUCCAAAUUGUCCUAGGGGUCAAAUACGUUCAUUCAUUGAAUUUGAGUCAUAGAGAUUUGAAAUUAGAAAACAUACUUUUAGCUGAUCAAAAAAGAACUAUUGUUAAAUUGACUGAUUUUGGAUUUAUUAGAGAGUUCAACCCGCAAAGUAGGAAGUUUUUGUCAACUAUAUGUGGUACUACGGUAUAUAUGGCCCCGGAAUUGUUGACAGGUCAAAAAUACUCCGGGUUUGUAAUAGAUAUAUGGUCCAUGGGGGUGAUAUUAUACACUAUGCUUAAUGGGAUGUUACCAUUUGAUGACGAUGAUGAAAUGAAAAUCCAACAUAAGGUCAUUAAUACGGAACCGAUGUUUUAUGAUCAUGUCCCCAUUGACGUCAAUCAAUUAAUUUCAAAAAUGUUACUGAAAGAUCCUAAUCAAAGACCUAGCUUGAAUGAGAUUUUAAAUUCAUCUUAUUUGAUUGACGUUUACAAUAAAUAUUUAGAAAAGGGCACCAAAAGAAAUUCCAGUGGUAGUGGAGAUGCCGAAUCAAUAAUAUCGAUUAAUCAACAUUACAAUACAGUGGAUAGACCAUUUGAGGCCAAGAUAGAAAAAGAUUUACUCCGCAAACUACAAAGAAUAAGUUUUGAUACCGAAGAAUUAAAGGCAACUAUGUAUAAUAAUGAAAUUAAUCUGUUGACUGCAUUUUAUGAGUUAUUACUCACCCAGGAGUAUUCCAAAAAGAAACAGAAAUACAUGCGAGAAAAGAAACGGAAACUAUAUGAAGCCAAAAAAUCACUUAAAAAAUCAAGAAAAAGAGUGAAAAGCGUAUUAUCAUUAUCGGAUCAAGCACUGGGAUCUCAACCGUUAGAAAGAAUCAUGUCAAGUUUGAGUAUAGCAUCCAAUAAAAAUUCAUCUAGACAUACUCUGACUAUUGCCAGGAAAUCAUUGGAUAAAAACGAUACUACUCAAAUCCCGCCACUGCCCAAAUCAUCACAAACUAGUCGACUUAAUAUUGAAAUACCUUCUCCAAGAGCUACCAACACCAGUAUUGCCUUACCACCUAGGUCAAGACGUGGCUCUCGAGAAAUUUCAACAACAACGGCAGCAUCGAGCAUUACCGCUGAUUUGAAUACGCCUUUACGUCGUACUGUAUCAUUUGUUCCUGAUGGAAGAAGGCUAUCACAAGUAAUAUCAUCAGAACCUAAAGAGACAAUUAAAAAGACAAACAAGAGUGGCAAAAUACUACACAAGCUUCAGUUUUGGAAGAAAAAUAAAGGUGAUGAAUAUCAAGAUGAUACCAUUUCUCAUUAUAGUACUAAAUCAAAUCACAGUAAAUCAACAAAUGAUGUGAUGAUAGAGUCAGAUGGUGAAAACCCAUUAGAACUUAUUGUCAAAGGAGGUAAUAACAGUCCAAUAAAAUUUGACAAUACUAUGAAUAGCCACCAAAAAAUGAAUACUGUCCCACCAGAAGUUUUGGAACAACAAAGACUAGAUAGGUUUCACAAGAAUGAUGCUACACGGAGACAACGAGAAAACUCAAAUUCAGAUGGACAAUCUGGGAAAUUGGAACGACCGCAACAACUUCAACUUCAACACCAUCGCCAGCUACUGCAACUGCAAUCUUUAAAUACUGGUUUAAGUACGAGUGGUAUUGAUUCACCUCAUACACCACCAUCUGCAGAGAAUUCACGAUUUGCUCGGACUCGACCUUCAUCCAUGAUAUCACAAAUAAGUCAAUUGAGUAAAUUGAGUCAAAUGUCUACUAUGUUGUCGGAAUCUGAGUUGGAUAUUCUUGACGAAACCGAUACAAUGGACGAUGAUGAUGAUUAUGAUGAUGAAGUAUAUGAAUCUAGUAUAAACACAUCACAAGAUAAUAAGUUGACUGGACCUAAUGCUACACCAUCAUCUUCAAAUCAAGGAGUAAAAACUUCUAGCAAGAAGCGACCAACUUAUAGACGAGGAGUUGCCUCUGAUACUUCGAUAACAUCAACACCUUCAGCUUCUGGUGGUGGUGCAGGCGGUGGCAGUGGCAUUAUUUCCACUAUACCGAAAAAGAAGAAUUCAUUAUCGAAAUUGAGGAGCAAUUCGUCAGAAGACAUAUCUGAAGAUUCAUAUCGUUUCAAUGAUGAGAAUAUGCCUAUGGGUAGAUCAGGAUCUCCUGACCUCGGUAAAAAGAGAAGUUUCCGAGCUUUACAGCAACCUAUCCCUUUGGUCAAUGGUACUACUUCUACUUCGAUUGCAGAAAAACUCAAUGAUGCUACAAAAAUGCCAUAUGUUCGAGCUCCAUCUCCACCUAUCGGAUUUAAAUAUAAUGCUAAAGCAAACAAAAAGAUGAUGACAACUGCUAUUAAUGGAAAUAACAACAAUAAUAAUAAUAACCAGCAACAACCUCCAGGUUAUCAAGACACUAAACAAGUUGAAGAUUGGAUUCAUAAUGGUACUACAGGAAAUACAACUACGUUUACCAAAUCAACAAUUUAUCAACCGGUUAUCAAUGAAGAGGAAGAAGAAAAUGUAUAG